AUGUCUGCUCAAGCUCCCACCAUUCCUCUCCUCACUCCUUACAAACUGGGAAAGUUCAAUCUCUCUCAUCGAGUUGUUUUGGCACCCUUGACUAGAUGGAGAUCAUACAACAAUCUUCCUCAACCGCAUGCCAUCUUAUAUUACUCUCAGCGAACAACCAAUGGGGGUCUUUUAAUAGCUGAAGCCAGUGGAGUUUCUGACACAGCUCAAGGGUUUGCGGAUAUGCCUGGUUUAUGGUCAAAGGAACAAGUUGAAGCAUGGAAACCCAUAGUUGAUGCAGUUCAUGCUAAAGGUGGUGUAUUCUUCUGUCAGAUCUGGCAUGCGGGAAGAGUUUCAAAUAGUGGUGCUUUUUCAAACAAAUGGUCAGCUCCAAUUUCUUGUACUGACAAGCCACUAACCCCUCAAGUACUAUCUGAUGGUGUUGACGUUGCUGAAUUCACUCCUCCAAGGCAAUUAAGGACAGAUGAAAUCCCACAAAUUGUCAAUGACUUUAGACUUGCUGCACUGAAUGCAAUCGAAGCAGGCUUUGAUGGGGUUGAAAUUCAUGGAGCUAACGGUUACCUUAUUGAUCAGUUUAUGAAAGACCAAGUUAAUGAUCGAACAGACCAAUAUGGUGGAUCUCUAGAGAAUCGCUGCCGAUUUGCUCUGGAAAUCAUUGAAGCAGUUGUUAACAAGACCGGCCCUGUUAACGAGACAGGAGCAGAUAAAGUUGGAAUUAGAUUAUCUCCAUUUGCCGACUAUAUGGAAUCAGGGGAUUCAAACCCUGAAGCAUUGGGCCUUUAUAUGGUUCAAUCCUUGAACAAAUAUGGGAUUCUGUACUGCCAUGUGAUUGAACCAAGAAUGAAGGAAGCUGCAGUGAAAAGUGAAAGUGCUGACAGUCUUCUACCCACGAGAAAGGCUUUUAAUGGUACCUUCAUUGCUGCUACUUUUAGUGGUACCUUCAUGGCUAAUGGUGGUUUUGAUAGGGAAGAUGGGAACAAUGCAGUGGCUGAGGGUGGUGCGGAUCUUAUUGCUUACGGCCGUUGGUUCUUGUCUAAUCCUGAUUUGCCAAAGAGAUUUGAGUUUAAUGCUCCUCUAAACAAGUGGUAUGCAUAAAUGUGAAUACUUAGAGAGGCAAAAAGUGAAGGAAAGUUUCAGGCAGAGGUUGGCAAACCAGUGAUAGUCAGUCUCACUUAUAUAGUAUGCCUGAGUUGAAGUUCUAAACUGGAAUGUAUCGAGUGUGCAUCUUGUGCCUUGCUGAAAUGUGAACUGAUAUGCGAUUAUCUUAUGUCUCAAUUAAUACAAUUUUGAACAGUUAUAUGAUUCACAUUUAUUUAUAAUCAAAUAUAGAUACAUUAAAGAAGCUCA